UAGUACAAGUUAAUGAAGAAACAGAAGACUAUUCUUGCAUCUGCUGCAAAUUUGAUAAAGAUGGUCUUCUUUGCUCACAUAUCCUCAAAGUGAUGUUGCAACUGCAGGUAAACAAGAUCCCAGAUAAGUACAUAAUAGACAGGUGGCGGAAAAGAGAAAGAAAACUUCUGAAACAUAUUGUUCCACCACUAAAUGAGGACAGCAUAGUUUUAAGAUUCAAUGUUCUUUCUAGAAUGUUAGGACACACGGCUUCAAAUGGUUCUAAGAACAAAAGAAAAUAUCAAUAUUUGCUACAAGAGAUACCAAGACUUGAGGCAGAAAUGGCCAAAAUGGACACAGACACAUAUGAUAUGUCAGCUAUGGGGCAGAACAGCUCAUCAAGAACAGUAGUCAAUCUGGAUCCUACAGGUGAAAGUGGAACGACAAUACAAUUACUUGACCCAAAUGUUGCUGAUACAAAGGGCCGCCCUAGAUUACUGACUAUAAAGGAAAGGAUUAAGCAAAAUAAGUUCUAUACCUGCAGCCAUUGUGGUUCUACUAAUCACACAAAGAAAAAAUGUGAUAAGUUGCAUUUGGUCUUCAAUUUGCCAAAGAAGAACAGAGGAAAGAAGAAGAAGAAAGAAAAUGAAGGUACACAAAAAGAAGGACAAGAAGCUGAAGCAGUCAAGUCCAGGGACAGAACUCAAGACUGAAAUAAGAGAAAGGAGACGACCGCUUCAAAAAGAAAUCAAAUCUGAUUGCGUAAAAAGAUGUAUUAGUAGAUGGCAGAGAAAAAGCCAAUAAUGUGUUUGUUCUUAUUUAUUGUAACAGAUAUUUGUAUAAAACAAAUCUAUUCAUGGCUGUA